AAAAACAUCAGCAAUAAUAUCUUUGCCAAAAAAUUAUGAAUGUUACAAUUGUGUGAUACGAAUUAUCCGGCAAAAUACAAAAAUUGGAGAAAAUUAUUCAUCCUAUUAUUCAUGUGCUGAUGUGAAUAUCGUUAAUGAAAUCCCAGAUGGUGAUACAUGUUUGGGUAAUGGAAAGCGGAAACACGGAAUAUGUGAAUGUAAUUCGUAUUCAUCCGGUGACAAUUGUCAAUAUCAAGAUGAAUGUACAGAUGAUAAAGAUUGUAAUAGUCAUGGAAAAUGUAUGAUAAUAUUCUCGAAUGAUGUCAUGACGAUGAAACAAUGCUUCUGUCAACGAGUAUCACAAAGUUUUACGGAUGAUUCAGAAUUUCUACCAUCAUUAUAUCAUAUGCAUCAAGUUGGACAGGAUAAUGAUAAAAUUUAUUGGAGGAUAUUACAG